AGCAACGGUAUAUAUAUUGAGUACCACCAAGUAUCAGUCUAUCGCCGUCCACUCACAGAGUUCCAGUCUAACUAUCGAACGGAGCCCGUGUUUUCAACAUUCAACAUGUUCAGUGUCAGUUGCGUAGUGUUUGUACUGACGGUGCUAUCUUUCGGUUCAGACCGACAAGUGUUGGCGGCGGAAACCUGUACAAACAACGACGUGUCGACCUGCACUAAUGUCUGCGCUCCACAUCAGCAGCUCUCGUGUCACGGUGGUUUCUGCGGCUGCGAACACAACGUAGGCAUUGCCGGUACAUGCACAGCCAAUAACGUUGCCACUUGUGAGGGUACUUGCAAUUAUUUCAGCAACGAAGUUAUGACUUGCAAUACUGGAGAUGAAUGCCGCUGUUUCCACCAAACCAAUGUGAUUGGAGCACCCCAGGCCGGAUCCUGUGAAGGGCCGAACGUGUCACAGUGCGCAGCCUGUCCCCACACGACCGACGUCACGGUGUGUCACAACCGUGAAUGUCACUGCCAUCAUAUCAUGGACGGCACGUGCAAUGCCGGUGACGUGUCUCAGUGUACGGCCGCGCAGUGUGAAGCUGGUUCCACGAUUGUUUGUCAUCUAACCAAAUGUUUCUGCGACCACGCCAUGGUCUAAUGUCUCCAUCUGCAAAAUAUACUGGUCUAAUGAAAUAGCAUACGAUCUGUUGCCGUGUCAAAGAUCAUUGCGAACGAGAACCUGGAAUAACCUUUUCAUUUCUAUGUAUGAAAAGAAUAAAUACGCAAAAUAAAAUAAAAA